CAGUAGUCUUGUUUUGACAGCUGUUAGUUAAGUACAUUUAAAGCCUGUCUUUAAAAAUACAUGUGUAAUUUCUAGUCGAACUGAUAAUUAUAUGAAAUAAUAACAAUGAACGACGAAGAUUUUGCCACCGAUGCAAUGCCUAGUCCACCCAGAGAUUUUAAAAAAGAAAAUUCAUAUCAAGAAACAACGGAUGAUAAGGGAUAUUCCGAAACUGAACAGACUAAAAACAAUGAAAAUUCUCAAAGUAGCUACAAAAGGCCUUCAAACUUAACCAUGAUAAACGUAAGUCACUCACAACAUGUACAUGUAGGAUCAAACACAACUAUUGUUUUUAACAAGAAAGAAGCAAAAAAGAAGUAUCAAAUUAAUGAAAAUAUUAAAGUGUUAAUGGGAAAGACUAAUCCACUGACUAAAGAUCACAUAGCAUUUUUAUCAUCUCAUAUUGGUGAAGGCUGGAAAAAUGCUGCAAGGGCAUUAAACUACUCAGAAGGUCAAAUUGACCAAUUUUUUAUUGAUAAUUGCACACUUGGACUUAGGGAGGUAAUAUAUCAAUUUCUUCUGGACUGGACUCGAAACGAAACUGAUAAAGCAACAGUUGGUAGACUAGCGAAUGUUUUGUGGGCUGCAGACGAAAGAGAUGCCGUGAAUAGAUGGGCAUUGGAAAUUUAAUUAAAAAAUAUAGAAUCUCGUGAUUUAUUUAGUCUUAUCCGUACACUUAUACAUUAUACAAAAUUUUAUUUACUUUUAUAGAUUAUAAUUUACAAAUUGAAUAAAAUUAGUUUGUUUUUUUAA